AUGGUUACUCGAAAUCUAUCCUACAAAUGUGUGGAUGCUUGGAAAGGAAAAAUUACUAAUGAAGCAACUCGGUUAUACUGGAUUGGUAAUUACUAUGACAUGGAUGUUUACGAUGAAAGUGAGUUAAGUGCGGAAACGGUGGAUAUAUUAGUGAAGAAAUGCGCGAAUAUAUUUAAAGAAAUGAAUCUGAAGGACAAACCUCUGAUUCUUUACUUACCUAAUGUUCUACAGCUACCAAUCGCUACGCUUGCCUCGCUUCGAAUUGGACUUACUGUUUUACCUAUCAGUGCAAUGGAUGAAAAUGUUGGCUACUUACGAGGCAUUAUAAAAGAGAGCAGUGCAGACACGGUGAUAACAGUAGAUGGUUUCUGGUAUGGUACUCGAUUAAUUCGAAGCAAGGAACUUCUAGAUGAAGCUGUCAUGGAUGUUCCCAUAAAACGUAUACUUGUGAUACGACAUGUAAGUCCAGAUGAAAAAAUGCCACCACCACAAGUUCAUUUAAUCGGUCGACGACCUUACUACUUGUAUAAGGUUGCAAUGAAGGAAAACCGGGAUUUCUGGUGGAGUGGAUUUUUCCCCAAAGCAUCGAGUGACUGCGAAGCGGAAAUACUCGGCACUGAAUACAAUCCACUACUUUUGCCUCACAAAGAUGCUUUGUUACCAAUUUCAAUGGAAGAAUUGCAAGCAAAAAUCAAGCAUGUUGAAAACUUUGCACAGCAAGAGGAUAUAAAUCUAAUUAUCAGUACACGAAAUGUUUUCUACCAAAUCCUCUGUUUCAUAUCAAUACUUAAAAAAGGUGCCACACCUCUUAUCUAUGAAGGAGAUAUCAAACACCCUGAUCCAUCCAGAAUAUCACAGUUAAUAUCUACAUACAAGGUAACGAAACUAAUUAUCACGGAGGCGGACUUAAGUGAACUGCUGAAUUACAAGGAGUACAUAACCAUGUGGGAGUUAAAAACUCUCAAUGAAAUCAUGAUUCUUGGCAAUGAGGAAUUAUCUGAGGAUGCUGGAAUAACGUUUGGUGUUGCUUGUAAAAACAUUAAUUUAGCUCUUUAG